AUGGCUGGGAAUCAAUGGAGAUUGAAAGGAAAAGUAAUAAAUGUUAUUUAAUUAAAGAGUUUACAUGUAGUUAGAAUUUAAAUUCUGAAAACAUAUUAUUAUAUUAAAAGGGGGACUGAAUUGGUUUAAUCAAAUCAAAGCAUUUCAAUUAUUUCCAGUAGUUUUCAAUAGAAGGAUAGGCUGAUGUAUAGAAUAUCAAAAGAAAUUAGUGGAAAGAUUGAUAGAAAUACUAAAACAACUAAUCUUAAAAAACACAAUUAAAAGUUAUUGGUGGAUUUUCUAAUGUGAUUAAUUCUUCAAAAACCUAAAUGAAUGCAUGACUAAUUCAAUUCACCUAUCGAUAAAACCCAUUAAGGACAAUUUUCAAGAAUUGUAACUUUAUUUUUAUAAUCAGCAAUAAUGAUUGGCUGGGAAAGUUAGUGAGGUCAAAAUUAGAAAGAGAUUGGAUACGAAGAAGGGAUAAAGAGAUAAUUUAAUAUUAAAGUUGGAAAUAUAUGUACGAAAUGGAAAUACGAAUUAAGAAAUAGAGAUUAAUCUGUAUUUUAUUGAUUGAGAAUUACUGAUAAAUUGAUUAAUUGUUAAGUGAUAUUGAUAUUAGUGAGUGAUCAGCCAAAAAAAAAAACAUAGAGAUACAGAUAAAUUACCAAAAAUUAUUGAAAGUUUGUAGAUUAAUAUAUAUAUACCUAGAUCUAAGAAUAAUCUAACUUUGGGUCUAUCAGAUAUUUAUAAUUAGAUGCACUAUAAAAGAAUAUAAAACGAAAAAGAAGUUUAUUCAUGUUGCACCUGGAGUAUCGAGGUAUUAAUUCUAAGAUUAUAAAGUUAAUCUAUUCUCUCCUGGUGUGAUACUAUUUAUUUUAUUAACUGGAGAAAUACCUUUCUAAGGUUAUAGCUAAAUAGAUGAUUAAUUAAGAAAAAAUGCUUAUUGUAAAUAAAUAGACUUUAAACUUAAUGAUAGAUCAAUAAGUUCAUUUGCACAAGAUUUUGUCUGA